AUGAUGACAUUUGAUGGAGCCGAGAAUGAUGUUGUUAUUCAACAACAAUCACAACAACAAGUAGAACAAAGAUGCGAAAAGAAUAAUAAUAUCGGAGUGAAGCCAUUCGAACAAUUGGUUGCAAAUAUUACACAUGAAUUCACGAUCAAACAAGGAGAUGGAAACUAUGGAAAUCACGAAUCGAUCGUCAAUCUGCUCAGCCAAUAUAUCACCGAGAAUCAUCAGGAUUGGCAGGACUACGCCUUCUCAUGUCCAUACGGCUACACACGCAACCUCGUCGCCAAGAGCGACCAGUUCGAGCUGAUGGUCAUCUGCUGGGCCAAGGGCCAGGUCAGCCCCAUCCACAACCACGAGGGACAGCGAUGCUGGAUGGCGUGCGCGCAGGGCAAGCUGCAGGAGACACAGUUCAUCUUUGAGAACACCAAGAAGCCACAUGGACAGGGCAAGCUGUGCGUCAACCAGGUGUCCACCAUCGACUAUGGUUCCGUUGGCUACAUCACCGACGACAUUGCACUGCACGUCAUUGAGAGCAUUGAGCCAGUGUCCGUAUCCAUCCAUCUCUAUUCCAAGCCAAUCCCCGAGUGCAACAUCUACUGUCCAGCCACUGGCACCGUCACCAGGAGAAAGCUAGGCUUCUACACACAAUUCAAAGAGCAAUGUCCCAACCAUCCACUGCGUCUGAUGUGUGCCAAGGAGAAGCCCCAA